ACUGACAGCUAGAAUUUGUCACUUGUUAUUAUUCAAAACUUUAUUUGUUAUCUUUAUUUCCUAUUUUACUUCAUAAAUGUUUAGACAUAGUCUCUAAACUGUAUUCAUAAAUGCCGUCAUCUUCAUUGCUGAAAUCAUAUACAUGUUUUAUCUAUUUAAAUUCUUUAUGUGAUUUUUUAAUAUUUUGUCUAUUUUAUUAAUAGGUUAUUUACCUAAUCAAUAACGCCUAUAACCUGUAGCUGACUGGUUUGCAGAAGACCGUAAAAAGUUUAUAUGUUGCUGACGAUAGACUAAACUACGUUUUAUUGCUCUGCGGAAUUACAAUUUAUAAUUAUCAAAUAUUUUUAUUCUACUAAAAUGGAUAAUGACACUACAGUCUUUUUGAAACCUGUUCUACCGCAUGUGUUUAAAGCUAUUAAAAAUGUUGAUAUUGAUACUCUAAUGAAAUGUUCACCUGACGAAAUAAGGCCUAUUAUACCAUGUUUAGUGCGUAUGGCCCUUAUAUCUCCUCUGGAUGUGACAAGAUAUUGCACCGAAGCUAAGAAAGACAUACUAACUCUAUUAUCUGGUAUUGACUUGGUAAAUUUUAUUGUCUCCCUUUUGUCUAUAGAGUUCCACACUCUAGAGGUAGAUCUGAAAAAGGAACAGCAAAUGAGACAAAAAAAUGGCUCCCAAUGUACUGAAUCUUUCUUAAUUCAAAAAAUUGUUAUUGGUAUAGCAAAUGAUUUUGAAAGGUCAGACUCUGCUCGCCGUGUGCGCUUAGUUCUAUCUGAAAUUUUACAAAUGCAAGCUCAACUUAUAGAAUACAAUCAAAACAAAAACACAAAUGUAGAAUGUACUAUUAAACCUUCAGAAUUGUUUGAUAAUGAUGUCUAUUUAGAAGAGAUUACAGAUGUCAUAUGCAUAAGUUUAGCAGAACUGCCAAAUUUAUUAAACAUUUGUGAUGUUGUUGAAGUACUACUACAUGUUAAUAAAGGACCCAUUAUAAUAUCAUGGGUAGUUGCUAAUAUGCCUGAUACAUUACAAGAAGUGGCAGAGUCAUUAGUAGUGAAUGCAGAAAGGGGUGAAGAAGGUGGCAUAAGAGCAAAAACACUUGCAACUCUUUGUGAUGCCUGCCCAUAUAUAGCAGCUGCUGUACGAUCUAAAGCUGCUGCAGUAUCACGCCUUCCCUCAUUAAUUAUAAAUCUUACUUUGACACAUCAUCAGGAUGAUUUGGUAUCAUUUAUGUCAGGACUUUUGCUUGGUUCUGAUCAAACAACUAGAGCAUGGUUUGCCACAUUUUUGCGUAAUUCACAUAAAAGAGGCAAAGGUGAUGGUCAUACAUCACUUACAAAACUUCGCCUUGAAUUGUUGAAUAGGCUGAAAGAAGCUACUGCCGGUGUCAAUGCCUCUGCACUGCUCAGGCUAUAUUGUGCUCUUAGAGGUAUAGCAGGAAUAAAAUUUCAAGAUGAUGAGGUAGCAGGACUUUUGAGAUUAGUUACACAAAAACCACCUCCAACACCAGCUGGAGUCAGAUUUGUUUCCUUGAGCCUUUGUAUGAUUCUGGCUUGUCCAUCGUUAAUGGCUGCACCUGAACAUGAAAAAAGAGCUAUAGAGUGGGUACAAUGGCUAGUCAAAGAAGAAGCAUACUUUGAAAGCAAUUCAGGUGUGACAGCAUCAUUUGGCGAAAUGUUGCUUUUAAUAGCAAUCCAUUUUCAUUCUGGACAAUUGACAGCUGUUGGUGAAUUAGUAUGCGCAACUCUGGGCAUGCGCGUUCCUGUACGUCCCAAUGGACUAGCACGUAUCAAGCAAGCUUUCACACAAGAAAUUUUUACAGAACAGGUUGUUACUGCUCAUGCUGUAAAAGUGCCUGUAACGGCUAAUCUCAACAGUAAUAUCGCUGGAUAUUUACCAGUGCAUUGUAUUCAUCAAUUGCUCAAAUCCAGAGCAUUUUCAAAGCACAAAGUUCCAAUCAAAAAUUGGAUAUAUAGCCAAAUUUGUAAUUGUACAGCGCCUUUGCAUCCUGUUAUGCCCGCACUAGUUGAAGUUUACGUAAACUCUAUUCUUGUUAUUAAUAACAAAGGCACAAACGAGUAUGUAAAUAAACCGAUUACUGAAGAAGAAAUUAGAAAGGUUUUUAGGAACUCGAUAUUUGGAGCGAACUUUGAUAUACAAAAUAAACCUUUUAAUCCAAUGGAGGUAGAUAACGGGGAAGCCUCGAUUGAAAUCGAUAUAAAUAAACCAACUUUAGCUUCUCAACUAUUAUUAAUUUAUUAUCUGUUAUUAUACGAAGACGUCAGAUUAUCCAAUACGGCUACACUUAUUGCCAAUGGCAGAAAAGUGAAAAGUUAUUCUUCAGCAUUUUUAUCUGAAUUACCUAUAAAGUAUUUAUUGCAUCAAGCACAGAAAGAUCAGAUGAGUUAUGGAUGCCUAUUCAGUCCUCUUCUUCGCUUACUGGCUACUCAUUUUCCACAACUGUCACUUGUUGAUGAUUGGAUGGAUGAUCAAGUAUUUGGAGAUACUUGUCGCCAUCAAGUUGAUGUAAACUUAUCAGAAGCCGCUAUCAAUGAAGCAUUUCAGAGUAUUGAAGAAAAUCCUUAUAAAACUGGUAAAAUUUUAAAAGCUAUGCUUAAUAAAAAUCCAACAGAUAUCUGGCCUUUUGCAGAGGUAUUUGUGAAAUAUUUCAAGAGCGUACUUGGUGAUCAAGUCCCAAGGCAUAUACAAGAAUUGUACCGUGAAGUUUGGCUACGACUUAACACUGUUUUGCCGAGAUGUCUCUGGAUAAUGACAAUUAACGCUUUGUUAGAUAUUAACGGAAAUGUCAAAAAUGUUACAAUCACACAAGAAAAUGUUUUAGUAGAUCCUUUACAAGUAUUAAGAUGUGACAUAAGAGUAUUCAGAUGUGGUCCUAUUUUAAAGAUAAUUUUAAGGAUUUUAGAGGCAAGUUUAGCAGCUUCGAGAAGCCAACUCAGUCGACAUUUGCUAGAUAAACCUCUUCUUGAAAAAAGUGGUCAGUUGAAUUCCGAUUCUGAAAGAGAAGAAUUAAAAAACGCUUUAGUAGCAGCACAAGAGAGCGCGGCACUUCAAAUAUUACUUGAAGCAUGUCUGGAAACUUCAGAAGAUGAAAAUAAACCAGAAUUGAUGUGGUCAUUGCGUGAAGUCAGAAGCAUUAUUUGCUCAUUUCUUCAUCAGGUUUUUAUUUCAGAACCUUCAUUAGCCAAACUAGUGCACUUUCAAGGAUAUCCACGAGAACUUUUAUCUGUUACAGUACAGGGUAUUCCUUCAAUGCAUAUUUGCUUAGAUUUUAUACCCGAACUUUUAAGUCAGGCGUCACUUGAGAAACAAAUCUUCGCUGUAGAUUUGGUAUCACAUUUAUCAAUUCAAUAUGCUUUACCAAAAGCCAUGUCUAUUGCAAGACUUUGUAUAAAUACUCUUUCAACUUUAUUAUCAGUGCUUCCGAGUGAUUUACGCUUAGAACUUUUUCAGCCUAUUUUGAAAUCAUUAGUACGAAUAUGUACAGCAUUCCCAUCACUAUUAGAAGAUAUUACAUCUCUACUUUUGCAACUUGGACGGAUAUGUGAAUCGCAAGCAUCACUUGGUCAUUGUUGGAAUGAUACGAAUAUAUUGGGUGAGGGUGCUUAUGUAGCAUCAGAUGUUCAGCCUAAGACGAAGGUUUUAAUCGCAGAAGUUUUAUGUCGGGAUAUUAAAUUGACAAUGUCAGAAAUUAUACAAAAAGCACUCUUAAAUGAUAAGAUUUAUUAGUUUGUUAGUGGCUAAUUUAGGGUCCAUUCUUUCAUAAUAAAAAUAUUAAAGUAUUAUUUAUGUACUAUCAAUUUGUACAAUAAAGUAUAAAUAAAUAAAACACAAAUAUUUU